UCCCCCCCGUCCCAUUACUAAUUGUGUUUUGAAUAUUUCUCUUAUUUGCAUGACAGAGUCAAGAACAUCCAUCUGCGAGGAAAGAGCCGGGGGGAAUUGUGAUGUGACGUGACUGUCCUGUUCUGAUACGUCCCCUUCAUGCCCUGACAGGCUGCAGUGUCACGUCCCAUCCUCCCAGGCAAGAGAGAUGGCUGCCGUGGGGCCAGCUCAGGUAGGGAUUAUCGAGCAGUUGCUGGUGGGCUCCUGUUGGUGGCAGAAAGGCAGUAAAGCCAUAGGAGUGUUCCCACUUUUCAAACCCGAUGUCAUCUCCCAGCUGGAACAAGAGGAAGAGCCGUGGGCCCCAGAUUUCCAGGGCUCAGAGGAAAGAGAGAUCCUGAGAGGCAGCUGCAUGACAGGUGAGGGGAUGGUGAGAGAGACUGUGGAGCAGACGCCUCAGCAGGAAGAGGAGCAACUGGAAGCACAUGGGGCGUUGUUGCAAAGAUGCAAAGGGAGUGUGUCCAGGUGUUGCGAGCAGGGAAAAGGCUCUCAGGGGCAGCACAGGCCAGAGAAGCGUCAGGGGAACCAGCCAGUGCAGAAAGUUGGAAUAUCUGUUCACUAUCGGGAAACUCACAAAGGCCUCAAGGAAGCCACGGCCUGGCAGAGAAUCCUUACGGGAGAGAGAAAUAACACGGGCUUUGAGAGUGGGAAAAAGUUCAGGAGGUGCUCACACCAUCAGAGAAUCCACACUGGAGUGAGACCCUAUGGAUGCUGUGUGUGCGGGAAAACCUUCGCUCAGCGCUCACACCUUAUUUGCCAUCAGAAGAUGCACAUGGGGGAGAAACCCCGUGGAUGCUGUGAGUGCCGGAAAACCUUCACUCGGAGUUCAGGCCUUAUUCGCCAUCAGAGGAUCCACACAGGGGAGAAACCCUAUGGAUGCUGUGAGUGCGGGAAAACCUUUACUGAGAGCUCGCACCUUAUUUGCCAUCAGAGAAUCCAUAGGGGGCAGCGCCCCUAUGGAUGCUGUGACUGUGGGAAAACCUUCACUCAGCAUUCAAAUCUCAUUGCGCAUCAGAGGAGUCACACAAGGGAGAAACCCUAUAAAUGGUAUGAGUGUGGGAAAACCUUCUCUUGGCACUCAGCCCUUAUAAAACAUUGGAGGAUCCACACAGGUGAGAAACCCUACAACUGCCGUGAGAAACCCUAUGGAUGCUGCGAGUGUGGGAAAACCUUCGCUCCGAAAUCUGGCCUUAUUACACAUCAGAGGAUCCACACAGGGGAGAAACCCUAUGAAUGCCAUGAGUGCGGGAAAACCUUCCAUCACAGCUUUUCUCUUAUGUAUCACCAGAGAAGGUGCAAGGGAGAUAAACACCAUGAAAAUCUUGUCUAGGACUCAGGAAAGAUUUUUUUCCCCCUUUUCCUAA